AUGUACCUGCUGCUCUUCAUAAAUCUUAGUAAUGAUUCUCUCCAGUGUACCGUGAUAUUUGAUAAAUGACAACAGUGCAGUGACAUUUUACGAAGUAAAUUAUUAAGUGUUUUAUUCAAGAUGAAGCUGAUGUUAUUGCUCUUUGGCCUCUCAUUCGUAUUAGUAACGAAUGCUGGAAGAAUACUAGAGUCGAAUAUGAAACUAAAUGAAAACACUGAUAUCGAGCAAAACGAGAAAGACUCGCCUUCUGACCAUAGACGCCAUAAAAGACAAUACGCAAGAUGGUCCUUCGAUCGAGAUUACUCGCCGAGCUCGUAUGACAGAAAUCAAGACGAACAAAUUUCUAUCCUAGGCCAGACGCUUACAUCCUUACACGAAGAAAUAUUACUUAAUGAACGACAGUUGUCUUCAGCCUACGAUAACAUUGGUUAUAUAUUUGGAAGACCACCGGGAGGUCUUUCGCAGGCGAACUACGAUCGACGACCUUGGAACUACUAUCCUAGUACAUAUGACAGGAAGCAAGAUGACGCAAUCGCUGAAUUAGAUAAGAGGAUUACAUUAAUACAAGAAGAACUAUUGUUUCGUAAGCAAAAACCGCAAAACAGUAGUAGUAGUAAGCUAGAGCAAAGAAUUGCCGAAUUAGAAGCGAAAGUCACACAGCUACAACAUCUGGCUGAUCUAGAUAAUGGGACUCGUUUCGGUGAUGACACAGACAUUGAACAGGAAAGGAUAUGGGGAACCGUUGACGAUAACGAUGGAAAUCGGCCUAUUUUGUUAAAGCCUGUUAAACCAAGUCGCACAAUCCCAAAACGACCUGUAGAACAUGGUACAGUACAAGCUGAGGUUACGACCAAGGCACCAAUCGCCAGCCGUGGAGUAUGCCCGGCAGCAAUGUUAAUAUGUUGUAAUAGACCAGAAUCCGAAAGAACGGAAUGCUUUACUAAAUAUGGAUGUGUUGAAACAUCAAGAUCUGUUUUUGUAUGCCAUCCAAAAGUAUUGCAACAAGUCAUCGAUGCCUAUGUAGCCGAGUAUUCUAACAAAGGGAAAUUUUAA